AUGAAAGCCGCUAUCUACACCGGUGACAACAAGAUUGUAGUCGAAGAUCGUGAAAAACCGGUCAUUUUGGAGCCCACCGAUGCUAUCAUCAGGGUGCUUCAUACCACGAUAUGCGGAACAGACCUGCACAUUCUACAGGGCCACGUUCCAACAUGUAAACCAGGUCGCAUCAUCGGCCAUGAAGGAGUCGGAAUAAUUGAGACUGUGGGUGCCGCUGUUACAAAUUUCUCUAUCGGCCAAGUGGUAAUCAUCUCUUGCAUCACCAGCUGCGGGUCCUGUCACUACUGCCGCAGGAAGAUGUCCUCUCAAUGUGAAAGGGGUGGCUGGAUACUCGGACACACGAUCGACGGCACCCAGGCCGAGUAUGUCCGCGUUCCUCACGCCCAGUUCUCGCUACAUUUGUUACCGAAGAAUAUUGAGCAGAAAGUUGCGGUCACCCUGUCUGAUACCGUCCCGACUUCUUACGAAUGUGGGAUUCUAAACGGUGGGAUUCAGCCUGGGGCUACUGUCGCAAUCAUAGGUUCAGGCCCGAUUGGCUUAAUGAUCCUUCAGAUGGCGAAGAAUCUGUUCGGUCCGUCGAUAACGGCGAUGGUGGGGAGAGGUGCUCCUAGACUCGUGAUGGCCAAGUCAAUGGGCGCCGAUCAUACGUUCAGUAUGAUCGAUGGACAUGAUACCGCGGUAUCUUCAGCCCUAGCAGUAACCAAGGAACGCGGGUUUGAUGUGGUUAUUGAAGCGGUGGGAACGCCAGAGUCUUUCAAGACUGCGCAAGCUCUGGUAGGCGCUGGGGGCACCAUUGCUUCUCUGGGUGUCUUUGGCGAGUCGUGCGAGUUGCACUUGGAAAAGCUAUGGAAUCGCAAUAUCUGUAAAGCCCCCAUAUACCACUCCUGCGCUGAUCAUCACUGA